UCAGCGCUUAUCAGAUUUUGCAUUACAGAAAGUGUUAUGUUUCGUUCGUAAUAUUGCUCCUUUCAGUGUGCAUAUACAUCGUUCGUAUUGAGAGAGAUAAGCCGUAUUUCAGUGUUGAAUUGAAACCAAAGCGUAAUGGAUAUCCAGCAGUCCGUUUCUGUGGACAGCAAGCGUUCCACCCUGCAAGAAUUUAUCGAUCGGGAUCCAUUGGCAGCGGAUCUUCGUGUUUCACUAUUCGUGUCCGCUGCCCGGUCGUUCAAAUACGACUCUUGCCUUCAACCAUUCCCACCGGAUUAUAUCGCUAACAAAGAAAAGAACAUCGACGAAUUGAAUCGAGUACUGGAUGGUCUGCAAUCUCUGAAGGACUUGAACAUUGCUACUUUAGCUAAUCAACAGCUGCAUUUACUGCACUGGAUUGUCUGCAAGCAAUCCAACCCGGGGCUACGAACAGUCCCAAAGUCGGACUUUGAUGUCGUAUUUGCCAAAGCGCCCUGUUUGGCCGCGUUUCAGCGGCCGCAGCAAAUUUUCGAAGUAGUCUACCGAGAAGAUGCUCAUUCGGAGCGGCGGUUUCGGGAGAACCUGGACCAGUUCAGAUCGUACUACGCGUACCACGGUAGCAAAUUGUUUAACUUUUAUUCAAUUUUGAGCUAUGGCUUACAGCAGCAUCUGAACAAGACUGCCCUCUUUGGAGAAGGAAUCUAUCUGUCGGCUGAGCUGCACGUGAGUCAGAUGUUUGCCCCGACCGGAGCGGGCUGGUCCAGGUCGGCAAUUGGUAGUCAUUUGGCUUGUACGGCGCUGUGCGAGUACGUAGAUAAUCCGGUAUACGUCAAGUGUCAGGAGGAGAACUCCAGCUCGGACAUUCCGGAAAAGUACAUUCUGGUGAAGAACAAUGAGCUGGUGCAGGUGCGGUAUCUGUUGGUUUACGGGAGUAAUCGUAAUGUGGGAUCCGCACCGGUGAGCGGUCAAUUCGAGCAGCCGCGGCAACGAGUGGGACAUCCGAGGACAGCGGAGAGAGUGAGACCCAGUCGAUGUGUAAGGUGGAUAGCGGCCAAUAAGAGUUGGCUAAUGGCGGGAGGGUACUUUCUAAUGCUGUUUGCCAUUGGGUUGAUGAACAGUCCGAAUGCACACUACAUGAAGCAGAUGUUUCUGCAGAAGAUAAAUCACGUGUGUAAUGCGCUGUUUGGCGGGGUGGCCGAUCGGGAUGCGUGAGGGUGGGCGUGAUGUGUGGUGUAAUUGGUGUUAGUACGGUUAAGGUAAAUAUACUAUAGGAAAGUUUUAAUUUGUA